CGACAAACGAUCAAACUACAAACUCUCCCAAAACUAGUAAGGCAGGAUUAAGAACUCGUGUACGCAUGAGUGGAAGUACCGGUGGAAACAUGGCGACUGGCGACGCAAAAGACAGCAAAGAAAUUCCACCGGGAACGAAAGUGGUUUGUACCACUUGCUUUGAUGAAAAAAUUGAAGGAGAAGUUGUGGCUUUCGAUUACGGAGCCAAGCUUUUAGUAAUUAAAUCUUCCAAGAACCCCAAGAAAAAUGUUACAGAUAUAAGGAUGUUGAACUUGGCUCGCAUGAAGACGCUGAACGUUUCAGAAGUAUCCAACAAACCACCUCCUUCUCUGCCAUGUGUAGAACAUGACAAAAUUGAUAAAAAGAUUGCAUUAGCUCUUGAGCAGAAACGACGAGCAGUAGAGAAAAUAGGCAUCAAUGUAACACCAGGAGCCCAAAAGCUGUUCGACACCAUAAACAAAACAAUUAAUGAAGUCAAGUGGAAUGGGAAAAGUAUUGUGGUCAUGAAUGAAGUAACAAUUGAUCCACCUUACCAGGAGAGUGAUUGUCACGGAAAUGAAAAAUCUCGCGAACACAUUAUCAAGAUUGUCAGAAAGCAUAAUGAAGAAGAAAGCAACCAGCCUGGAUAACAAAAGUAAAUCACAAAGCUGCUCAAAAAUAAUUAAAAAAGGUUUUCAAAUGAGGAAGGGAUGAAGAGUUUCCUCUACAGUCCCAAUGCCAAGGUUGCUUGUUUCUGGUAGCUGGCUAAUUGGCACGUAUGCAGACAGAACCCAAAUGAAGAGGGCAUCGCACAUGUAGGGAAAAGCAUUAGCAAAAGUGUGGGAUGAUUCCCUCCAUACAGAGCCCAGUAUGGAAACCAGCUCUUGCUGAUGUCCACAGUCACCUGGUGUGCUCUUGUGGACGGGAGUAACAGCUACACCAAAUGCACCAUAAAUUUUUUCUUUCCCAUAGUCUUGGGGCCUCUUCAUAUGAGCCUGGCUUAGGCUGGUUCAGUGUCCCACACCUUGCCACAGCAAUAAAGUGUGAUAUCCUCUCUAUUGUUUUAUGUAUGCUAGCCUGUUUCUGGAGAUGCAAGGUUCCUUCAGUAAAGUCUCCAUUGCCCACAUGUAAAACAUGCUGCACAUUUAUACUUCUUUAUUCUCUUUUUUUCUGGGGGGGGGGGGGUUACCUGCUGGCCAUCUGGGCACUGGACUCAUAUGAAGAGGCCCUUGCUGUAUAUAGUAUUUUACUUCUUGACAGUGUUAUCAAGGGUAGCCUCCCUGGUGUUGCUUUUUGAGGUCAUUGUCAAGGUGUGGUUGAGUUACUUAUAUUCAAGGCACCUUUCCCUAUAUCUUCUUUCUGCAUCUACCAAGCAAGUAAAUUUUCAUUUCUUUGUAGCUUAAUCUUUUAGCCUGUAAGAGUGACUUGCAUCUAAUAUCUCGCUAAAUGUAUACCCCCUGAGGCACACAUUUAGGUCACUAGAGUAAAGGAAAUGAUCACGAAUGAAAGAAGCUCUAGUUUUUUGGACAAAUUCUCCUUGUCAGCACCUUAGGAAAUGUAUACAGAACAGUAUGGAAGUUAUGAAUACUGAUGUUAGGGUUUGACAAACUGUUCUGUACAUUCUACUUAGCUGAUUUGCUGUUCCAGUGCAAAACAUUUUGUAAAUCCAGUGGUAGGAAUACUAGCUUGUUUUUAUACCAAACUUUCUUAAAACAUUCGCAAAUUGCUAUUCCAAUUCAGUGAUAGGGACCUAAUAAGAUUGUUUCCUUAAUCAGAGUUUUCACAUUUUCCAGCAUGAAAGAUUUGAUUUCAGACCACAAACUUGGAAAAGGGCAUCAUUUGUAUCAUAGAUUCUAGAUGAUUGAAUGACUGAAUGAGUUGUGUCUGUAAAUAAAAAAAAAAAUGUGGAAA